GCAAUAAAGUGCGCCUCGACGAGCAAGCUCACGUGUUCGCGUUUAGCAUUUAUCGAAACUCCGUGCGCGAGAGAUCGUAACUCGAAAGUGCAGGCCCGGCUGCGUGUCAUGCAGAUAGGUUUAAAAGCAGAACGUGCUGUAUUUACAAAUGCGAGAGGCUCGCUUUCUUCCUCGUCGGCGGCUUUUCGCUCGCGUGGCGCUCUCCUCGUCAAAGAAGAGAAGGGGGUGGUGGUUGAGAAAAAGAAGAGGAAGAAGAAGAAGAAGAAGAAGGAGAAGAAGGGAGUGACGAAUGCGGUAAACCGUAGAACCGGAACGGCGGAGUUUGCCCAGGAGGCAAUGAAGCACGUCAAGGGGAUGAUGGACGUCUCCGCA